AUGUAUUUUAACAGGAGGUCUCAAAGGAAGAUGCUGCAGUUCUCAACAGGAGCUCUGCUUCUUCUGCUGCCCUGGUUUGGUGGCCUGGUCCUUGGAGAGAUCAGCCAUGACUUCUCCCAGUGCCUCGAUUUCUUCUAUGAUCAAACUCCUCCAAAGGGUAUCAAUGCAGCAGUAUACCAGCCAAUAUGCCAGCGCUACAAAAACCAGUACCACUUUGCCAGCCUGUAUCACCGCCAGCAUCGUACACCAUUGUACUCUGCGUACGUGCUCAGUCCUGCAAACGGGAAACGGCCUAAUUCUACUUGGAUGUACGAACCACAGUUGGCAUUUUCCCGUGCAAACACAGAGAUGAAACCUUUCCCAAGUUCUGGCCUCGUGGACCAGAAUGUGAUUGAGAGUCAGGCUUUGGUUGGGGACUACAGAAACUCCAACUUCACCAAGGGCCAUCUCAAUCCCAGCAUGCACCAGAAGACGAGAGAGAAUCGUGAGGCCACCUUCACCCUGACAAACAUUGUCCCUCAGCGUGCGGGCUCCAACUCCGGCCCUUGGAACGGUCUGGAGAACGAGGUGUUAAGAAAAUUCAAGGCCUUCUGCAACGGGUCGAUGUAUGUGAUCACCGGGGUCAUGCCGUAUGAGUCUGAACCCCGCCAGAUCAAUAACAGAGUGUCUGUGCCUGAGUACAUGUGGUCUGCCUACUGCUGCCCAGCCUACAGAUCUAACCUUCCUGAGUCUGUGAGGAACUUUUUCCCCACAUAUGCUGCUGUGGGAAGAAAUGACCGCAACAGUGGAGAGGAGAUUGUGCCGGUUAAUGUCAAGGCGAGGGCUUCUGUGAGGGGCUAUGAUGUGAGGCGGAUGUCCGUAGAGACUCUGGAGGGCAUCCUGACACAAAGGCUGGCCAUGUCUAUCAGUCUGUUUCAUGGGCAGUGCCAGUAGCAAUGGUUGAAAAGCUUUUCCUUCUUGAAAUUAAAUGUUAACUGAUCUGGGUGCAGCAGGCACCACAUACAGCACAUCACUUAAUCUUUAAUUACUGAAUAAGUGUUUGAUUGAUUAGGAUUAUUGUCUCACUGUGGUUUGAAAUUAUUUUUGUCGACUAUAUAUGACAUUUUGUAACACCAGCUAACCCAAUGAUUUUGCUAAUAAAAUAUGGAAAUAAAUGAAGAGGCUUCUGCUGGAACUAAUCAUAAUAACUUUAUGUUAAAUACUAACUUUG